AAGUGCCUUUAAACAAAUGGAACCCCAUAUUGCAAUGAUAUGAUUGAUCCUAGAGAUCCCUAAAUAGCGAUCUGGUGUUUGCAGAACAGUUUUAGUUUGAUUUUUCAGUAGCUCAUAAAUAGGUGACUACUUUAAAAGCAGUGACAAAAAACAGCUUCUGUGGUUGAUGCUAUUUUGUGUUGAAAAACGGAAAUACUGCUGCUUCUGCUUUUCAGUUUUAGAAAUAGGGAGUUUGACCAACAGUGUGAAACAGCCAUCAGUGAAGGACAGUCUGUUCAGUUCAACUAGAGAGAUUUAAAGUUUGGUUCUCUAAAGACACACAAGAACAUGAUUGCUAUGGAAAAGUUGCUUCUGAUUUCCUGCCUUUUUCAAGGUAUAAUUUGCAAUGAAUUUAAAGCCUUCAUGCCUCAGAGUAUUAAAGCCUUGAGCGGCUCCUGUGUGCUGAUUCCAUGUACAUUCACAAUUGAAGAGAGGUUGGAGAGUGCAAUGGUGGAACCGGCCAGAGGAAUUUGGAUGACUUCUUAUAAUUUCAGAGAUAUUGUAUUUGACUCCAGUAGAUAUUAUGGCAAUACCCUGAAAGCAGAGCUACUUGGUAAAGUGACUAACAAGAAUUGCACCACAAUAAUAAAUCAUUUAAAAACAAGUGAUACAAAACGUUAUUUCUUCAGAGCAGAACCUCCUAAUUUCAUCUUUCCUCAGAGUGUUUUGCUUGAAGUUGUAGACUCUCCGGACAGACCAGCGAUCAGCCCAUCGAGUGCAGUGAAGGAGGGAGCUCCCACGAGUUUAGCCUGCACUGCUCCAGCCCCGUGCCCAAGAGAUCCUCCAGCCCUGGUGUGGAGCGACACUCUGAACGGGAGUGUGGAGAUAGAGCAGGUUGAGCAGCAGGAUGGGACCAAGGCUGUAUCCUCUGUUCUGACAUUCACUGCCUCACAUCUGCACCACAACAAGGACAUCACAUGCACUGCGCAGUAUCCAGUGGGGUCUGAAACUAAAAGCGCUGGAGAAGUCUCGACACUUUGUGUUCUCUAUUCACCAAAGAACACGUUGGUGUUAAUAAACCCUUCUGGUGAAAUACAUGAAGGAGAUCAUGUGACACUGAGCUGCAGCAGCAAUGCAAACCCAGCAGUGAGCCGCUACACCUGGUUUGAAGUGAAGGGAGAUAAUAUCAACGAGAAAAGUGCUGAACAGUACCUCACUUUUACUGACAUUAACCCGAGUGACAGUGGACUGUACUACUGUGAAGCAAGGAAUGAGCAUGGGGCAGAGAACUCGACAGCUGUGCAGCUGAAUGUAGCAUCUCCUGCAACUCCAUGUAUUUAUGUUGUCAUGGGAACAGCGGCUGUUCAGAUGUUAGCCACCAUUUUGGUUGUUGUAUUCAUAAUGAAAAGGUAUGUCUUUGAAAGCUAAACAUAAAGUAUGUGUGGUUGUUACUUCACAUAUGUAGUUGUCAGUGUACUGUUAACAUAUAUUUUCAUUUUUCAUUUCAUGUGUGUGUAAAGAAAUAGAAAGGUAAGUCUGGAUUUUUUCAUUUGCUCAGUCUUGCUUAAUACUGUGGAACUGGUUCUAUGUUCUAUUAGAAUAUAUGAACUGUUAAAAUACUAGGACAGCAGCUGUCUCUAUACUGUGAACCCCUUUAUAGACUCUUAAGUAAUAUUUGCAUUACAUUUUGUGAUGAGGAACAGCCAGUGAUUCUGUAGUAUUGUAAAGCUUACAGCACAGUUACUUGCCAAUUACAGCUAUGGCCAAAAGUUUAGCAUCACCUAGAAUUUUAGGAUUGAGACAUCAUUAAAAAAAAAAAAAACUACAUGAACAUAAUUUAGAUCUUUUAUUUAA